AUGGAGCAACACAGCGAAAGCAAGAGCUCGACUCGGAACCAGGGGGGUGGCGGCGGCUUCUUCGGUGGCGCUGCCAAGGGUGCCGAUAGUAUUCUCACGGGCGACAACGAGGCGGAAGGCCGGGGCGGCAUGCUCGGCGGUCUACACAGCGGCGUCAAUAAAACAAGCGAAGGUGCCGGGAACGCUCUCCGAGAGACGGCGGACGGUGCCGGAAAGGUUACCAGAUCUGUAACCGAGGACGUCGGAAACGCGGGGAGGAACGUCACGGACAAACUGGAUACCACUGUUAGGGGGAUGGCUGGUGGUGGUGGUGGUGGUGGUGGACAAGAGAAGCGGAAAUGA